AGAAACCAGAGAAAAAAGUAAGGCAUCCUUUAAACGACAAACCGUUUUUCUGUUGUCAGAGGAAGAAGACGAAAAAAAUAGAACCGAUGACAUUUUUACGAAUGUGACUUUCAAACUUGUAACAAAACACUUCAAGGAACCCGAUGAAAGGAGAUUUGGCAGGAGGCAAUUUGAUGAAAUUCAAGAAAGUUGUACAAAACUCAAGAACUGUUCAGAAAUAUUUGUUUGCCCGGAAAAUGAUGAUCAGAAAUCUACAGCUUCUUGCAAAACCAAUCCUAAAUCUAUCUUGUUGACGGGCAAAGCAGGAAUUGGAAAAUCCCUUUUUUGUCGCAUGCUGGUACGGGAUUGGUCGCAUAACCGAUUGUUUGAGGAAGGUCAAGAAAAUGCCAAAGUACCUGAUUUUCAGUUUGUAUUCAUGUUGACAUUCUGCCAACUUCUAGAAGAAGAAGAAAAAAGGUUUGACUUAUGUGAUAUCUUGAAUCAGUCCUCCCUACUGAACGAGCACUUGGUGAUAGACGAGUCAUUACUGCAGUACAUGAUUGAAAAUCCUGAGAAGCUGUUCAUCAUUCUUGACGGAUAUAAUGAGUAUAAACCGCAUCGAGAGAAAAUCACCGGCGACUUUGAGACAAGAUACCCAAACGACCCUCAUGAAAAAAUACCUGUUCCUGCUUUGAUUGCCAAAAUCAUGAAAGGCAAGAUGUUGAAUGGUGCAGUGGUCCUCAUAUCCUCGAGGCCUGGCGAAGCCGAGGAAUUGAAAGAAAUUCUCUUUGAUGUGAGAUGUGACAUUCAAGGAUUUUCUUCACUUCAAGUGCUAGAAUACAUCGAAAAAUAUUCCAGAGAACAAAAACAUGAAGAAAAAAGCACUUGAUCAAAUCAAAACGAAUUGGAAAUUCUUUUACGUUUUUCACAUUCCUGUUAUGUAUUUUCUGAUAUGCUACUUCUCGUAGCCUACUGAGGAGGAACCGUGAUCGUGUUAUCCAUAAGACUUACGUUAUCGUUUCUGAUCGAUAUGAUCAAGCGUCAUGAUCAAUUUAGGGUGGACUAUAGUGCCUUCAGAGCGUCAAACACUCAUGAACCAUGCCAGGAAGAUAUCACGACUGGUCGUAAUUGCCUAAUAUCACUAUGACGUCACGUAACACUGAAUCUUGCUGGAACGCUAAGGAUCAUGGUCAUGGAAUGGGACAAAUUAAAACAGCAACGAGAAGAAGAAAACUGAGAAAAAUUGUAUUUUCUAGAACUUAGAAAACCAAGCCACCAACUA